AGCCCGCCGGCGGUCGCCAGGCGGCGGCAGCGGCAGCGGGCGGGUCCCCGCGCUCCCGGCCGGCUUUGCAGGGCGGCCUAGCGAGCGCGCCAGGCCCGGCUGGAGCGAGCCCCAGUGCAAUACUGCCCGAGCCCGGGCGGGGUCUCUGUUCUCUGGCAGAGGAGGUCCCUUGGCAGCGGGAAGCUCCCUCUCUUUCUCUCGCCGCCGCUCGGAGUCUGCGCCCUGGUGCCAGGCGCCCAGCUCGGCGCUCCCCUGAGCUCGCCGGCGCCCACUCAUUCGCAGCCCAGCCUUCGCGGCCGCCGCCUCCCUGCUCCUCCUCCUCCUCUUUUCCCCAGCCCGCCGCGGCCAUGGCGGACAGCGCCAGCGAGAGCGACACGGACGGGGCGGGGGGCAACAGCAGCAGCUCGGCCGCCAUGCAGUCGUCCUGCUCGUCUACCUCGGGCGGCGGCGGCGGCGGCGGCGGCGGGGGCGGCGGCGGCGGUGGGAAGUCGGGGGGCAUUGUCAUCUCGCCGUUCCGCCUGGAGGAACUCACAAACCGCCUGGCCUCGCUGCAGCAGGAGAACAAGGUGCUCAAGAUCGAGCUGGAGACCUACAAACUCAAGUGCAAGGCGCUGCAGGAGGAGAACCGCGACCUGCGCAAAGCCAGCGUGACCAUCCAAGCGAGGGCUGAGCAGGAAGAAGAAUUUAUCAGUAACACUUUAUUCAAGAAAAUUCAGGCUUUGCAGAAAGAGAAAGAAACCCUGGCUGUAAAUUACGAGAAGGAAGAAGAGUUCCUCACUAAUGAGCUCUCCAGAAAAUUGAUGCAGUUGCAGCAUGAGAAAGCUGAGCUAGAACAGCAUCUCGAACAGGAGCAGGAAUUUCAGGUCAACAAACUGAUGAAGAAAAUUAAAAAACUGGAGAAUGAUACAAUUUCUAAGCAACUUACAUUAGAACAGUUGCGACGGGAGAAGAUUGACCUUGAAAAUACAUUGGAACAAGAACAAGAAGCACUAGUUAAUCGUCUCUGGAAAAGAAUGGAUAAACUUGAAGCCGAAAAGCGGAUACUGCAGGAGAAAUUAGAUCAGCCUGUCUCUGCUCCCCCAUCACCUAGAGAUAUCUCCAUGGAGAUUGAUUCUCCAGAAAACAUGAUGCGUCACAUCAGGUUUUUAAAGAAUGAAGUGGAGCGGCUGAAGAAGCAACUGAGAGCGGCUCAGUUACAGCAUUCAGAGAAAAUGGCACAGUAUCUGGAGGAGGAACGUCACAUGAGGGAAGAGAACUUGAGGCUGCAGAGGAAGCUGCAGAGGGAGAUGGAAAGGAGAGAAGCCCUCUGUCGACAGCUCUCUGAGAGCGAGUCCAGCUUAGAAAUGGAUGACGAAAGGUAUUUUAACGAGAUGUCUGCACAAGGAUUAAGACCUCGCACUGUGUCCAGCCCGAUCCCUUACACACCUUCUCCAAGUUCAAGCAGGCCUAUAUCACCUGGUCUGUCAUAUGCAAGUCACACAGUUGGUUUCACACCACCAACUUCUCUGACUAGAGCCGGAAUGUCUUACUACAACUCCCCGGGUCUUCAUGUGCAGCACAUGGGUACAUCCCAUGGUAUCACAAGGCCUUCACCACGGAGAAGCAACAGUCCUGACAAGUUCAAACGGCCCACGCCGCCUCCGUCUCCCAACACACAGACCCCCGUCCAGCCACCUCCGCCUCCGCCUCCACCACCCAUGCAGCCUGUGGUCCCCUCGGCAGCCACCUCGCAGCCCGCCCCUUCGCAACAUUCGGUGCACCCCUCCUCCCAGCCUUAAUGCAUGAGCUUAGUCUGAAUUUCAAGUUGGGACUCGUCCAAUGGAGCCGUCUACUCAACGCCAAAGGCUUCCUUCCCUGGCAUAUUUGGAUCUGACUUAUUUGCACUGAGGUGUUAUCUAGGCUUCACUAUCCAUUGUGUUGUAAAUGUCUGUGGGAAAUGCAGCCAGUGUUGUGGGUCUACAACACUAACCAGACGACUUUUUCCAUCAGUGUUUUACUUGAAUUUUCAUGUACGUCCAUUCCCUGGCUGGAACAUUUGCUAUUGGUGUUUGGUAAUUCAGCAGCAGUGUGCAAUUUUUGCUUGGUCCCAGAGCUUCAUUUUCCUGGCUUUUAGGUUUGUAAAAGAAAAAGGGAUAUCUUUUCUAUAUUUUUUUCCCAUAAAUUUGCAGAAAAUUACCGAGCUGUUGUUACCCCUUCUCCCGUUAUGGUGGUAUUUACCAAACAUACCAAUAAUUCCGCACUACAAUUCAGACCUUUGAAAAAUCUAAAUUUCCAUUUCUGAGUAGAAUGGAAAGUUAGAUGAAUCAGUGCCCAUGAAAUAUUUUCUGUUUAAUAGGCCUUUCUGUAGAUACACUUCUUAUAGGUUGUUUGCAGUAUAUAUCGACACCCAUGUCUCUCCCGUCUAACACGUGGCCUAAAGAAAUGAAUCACGUGGCUGUACCUUCUCCACAUCCAUGGGAUGGAUGAUCAUCAUAUAUUAAGAUGUGAUUCUUUGUCCUUAAUGUUACUCUACCUAGCCCAGGCCCCUCUAACUUCAGUCGUUAGGUGUUGUCUUACCCACCAGGGGUUUUGAUGGCUGAUUAGAAUGUACUAUUUGGCUUCUGCUGCGGAAGGCAGUGUGAUUGUAACAAAAAACAAUGUGGUUUCCCCUUCCACUCAUUUGUGUUCUCCUAAGAUAGAGUUCAAACAAAUAUUUUAAGGGUGCAAAAUACUUUAUUGGAAAAUACUAUUUGAAAUGGACAUUAGAGGAAUGUCUUGGCAUAAUGACCAGAAAAUAUUGUAUUGUUUGGCAGAAAAGAAGUCUAGAAGAAAGUAGCACAUUAGCAUUGAUGACUGUUUAUUUUGCCCAGUAUAAGCAAGUGCAGUGUACAAAGAAGUAUAUUCUGAAUCCAUUAUUUCCAUUCAUUUAGCACAAAUAAAUUGUUUGGUUUCACUUUGCAGUGAAACAUUGUGAGUCACUCUCAGUACUUGCAACCUCUUAAUUUUUUGUUUUUUUCAGCAGUUACUGUUUUGUACUUUGGUAGUAAAGUGAUUUUUACCACCUGUGUUUGCAUAUUUAUAUAUGCUGUGGAUGAAAAUAACUUACUAGAGAAUGUAUAUUUUAUGAUGAGAAUGUGUAUCUGUUGGAUAUGAUCAGAGGACUGAAAACUAAUUUAUCAGUAAUUCUUAAGAAUUCAUGUUUUGUGACAACCAUCUCUAAUAGCUAACUCUUUACUGAACACACUCCUAAAAAUAAGGAACCAUGACAUUGUAGAUAUUUAAUACUGUACAGUAUAGAAACCUCCAUUUUUGCCUUCGAAUGCAUAUUUAAAAAUUAACAGAAUGGAAAAAAAAAGUCUUGAUAAUAGUGUUUGACUAGCAUUCUAAGAACCUGAGAGUAAAAGCAACAAUAAGAUUUUGUUCUCCUCUUCCUGCUUCUACCCCCAAGCUGAGAACAUCACUCCUCAGUUGUUUGGAAGGAAUCAUAGGCCUAUAUAAAUUUUAUUUAUAAUGUAUGUACAUGAUCAUAGUACAGUUCUCAAAUAAGGGGAAGAAGUUUGGCGUUUACUUAUUUAGGUUUUUAAGUACCAUCAGACUGGGCCAUGUGAAACCCAGGAUUUUCACCAACAGCUCACUGACUGACCCUCCUGGUACAUUGCCAUUCCAAGGAAUUCUGAGAGUAGGCAAAAAAAUGUUGCCUUUAUGGUACAGUUCUCGGUUUUUCUUAUAGGAAAAAUAUGGUAUAUGUUUACAAGAAUCUUACAAGAUUUUAGAUUUCAAUGCUGUGGCCAGUGUCUUUCACUCAGACAAGAAAGUCCAUGAUGUAGUGCUCUUUCCUCAGCUUCCUGUCAAUUUAGUUACCUCCUGAAAGCACAACAGUUAAAACAUUGCCAUAUGAUAAAUUUUUUGAAAAAGCACUUGGAGUGAGCAAACUGUUCCUGAUAAAUGCCUUUUAGAGAUAGGUUGUAGAUAUUCGGACUUCUGCAGAAAUGUACUGCUGGUUCCCUAGACUAGACAUUUCACUUCAAAAUAAAACAUGGCUUCUUCAGCACUUUUUCAACCUAAAUCUAGUUGCCUCUUCCUGCGGACGCUCAGAACUGAUAAAACAAACACUACUCUUUUGAAUUUGAUGUUUCAUGUCCUUUUAAAGUGUUUUACGACCCCCUGUGGAGCCUGUAACACUUGGGCAGUACCUGCCAGCACAAUUUCUUGGCAAUUGUUUAGCUACCAGGGACCCAUAAGAUUCAGAGGCUGAGCCCAUAAAGGCAAGAGGCCCCACUCUUAUGGGAAGGGAAGCUGACGUCCCUCAGUUGAGCACGUCUCAUGAAGGCUGAACAUGGUUACUGCCUUUCUGUUGCCCGCUUACCCAGGUGAGCACUGAAUUGACUCCCAGAAGGCCUUUGUAAAAAUCAGUAGCCAUCCUGCAGGCAAGAGAGAGCAAUGGGGGCUUCAGUAGCUUCAUUUUCCUGUCUUGCGGACAGAGACCCUUGGCUACCACUGUGCUGCUAAUAGAUAAGUGCUCUGUUGCCAGAUUACCAUGCCUUUUAUACAAAACCAAAUUAACUUACCUAAUACCCGACACCUCUCUGGGCUCUGAACUGCUUUCUCUCACCAAGCAUGCUGGCAUUCUAGACAGAAUUCUAGAAAUUUGGCAGAUGGUGGAAGUAUUUAAGAUUUAAUUUACUCCUUUGUUGAUUGAAAGGAGGUUUAAAUUCUGAGCUCCUGAGAUACUGACUAGUAACCAUGGAAUGAAUGUGUGACCAGAAUGUGGCUUUGACACCAAGUGCUGCUGUCCCUUUGUAAUUGGCUUCUAACAGAUUCAACCAGAAAUAAUUGAUUAGUGAAUUUUUGUUGAUUGUUCAAUUGUAGGAAAAUAGAACAUGUAUCACCCUUUGUUAGGUAGACAUGAACUUUUCCUGCACGAAGCCUUGCUUGUAGAAGAUACCCAAUAAGGCAAGAAAAAGCGUAGUAACUUGUGCUUUGAGAGCUCAAUAUUUGUAUCUUAUCAGUACAGAAGAAAUAUUGCUUUGUAACUUGAUCUUCUGUCUAGUACUUGUCUUAUAGGUAACCAACACUGAAAACUUUGUAGUGAUGACUACCAAAGAAAUAUAUAGUAAAACAACCUUUUAUUUCCAAAUUGUUAAAAGAGCCAGCCAUUGACGCUGCUACAUGAGUUCCAUGCUUAAGAGCCAUUGUAAGAGAUUAAGGGGUUUUUAGGUUUUUGGUGGGUUUUUUUCUUUUAGUUUUUUCUUUUUUCUCUAAUUUUUUUUUGAUCAAACAUACACACAGCGGUUAGCAUAAAGUUAUGGGGAGCAUUUUCUAAAAUGCUCAGCAGUUGUGAUUAACUGCCAAGCCCAGUUAAACGACUGCCCGCUAGGCAGUCGAAGGAAUCCUGUGUUCACAACAGCGCGGGUGCUGUGUGUAUAUGCACGUGUGCGUGUGUGCAUUCAUGCCUUAACUCGGGUUACUGCUCAACUUUAGUUCUUGACUUCGUCUGCACCGUCAUCUAGAUUGUAUUGUACAUCUCGGUCUGAACUUCAUCCUGGCAGAAACAAAGUUGCAGGCACAACUGUUUAAGAAUGCAUUCCUCCAGAAGAGUAUCUGGUCAGAUUGACCCUGAGCCUUCUUUGGACUUUAUUUGGAACUUAGCCUGGAAAGCAAAAGUGGACUGUCAAACAGAAAGAUGUCAACAAGAAGAGAGGAGAGCCAAGUGCUAGCAUGCCUUUUGCCUCUGCGUAUCCGUGCACACUGUAUGUUGUUCAUGAUAGCUUGUCUACAACUUGACUAGGUUGGAGUUCUGGUAAUAGUGGCAAUCUUAACAUUCUUGGUCAGAGUUUAGAGAGAUGUAAGACUUCCAAUUAAUGUCUUAUUUACUCCUUUAUGUUGAUUAGUCUUUGAUACAUGUGCUGAAUCAGAAACCUAAAUAAAGAUAAUUUUUUAAAAUGUA